AUGCAGCAUGUGUUCAAUAGACCCUUUGCGAAGUCUGGGCAACAAAGAUAUGGAGUGCCAGGAGGCAAGGUCCCGUUCGGCGGAGCCAUGCGACCCGGCGCAGCCCAGGACGCUGAGAGCAAGGAGGGCGACGGGGUUGACCGGCCAGAGCUGCCGCCUUUGCCAGAGGUCAUUCCUGCGGCAGCGCUCAACCCAGCGCCGAUGGCCCGUCCGGGUGCCAUCAACCCCAAGCAUUUGGGGCAGGCACUUGCACAGGCAUUGGCGCAGAAGAACGCUGAGAAGGAGCGGCAGAAGAAGGGCAUGGGUGCGGUCGGCACGAUGCCCCUCCAGCCCACAGGAGCAGUUUCGAAGGAUGAAUCCAAGACGAGUCCUGCCGGAGCGAGACCUGCCGGGCCUGCGGUCCCUGCGAAAACUCCGGUCGUGGUACCGCCACGGGUACGGGACGUACCGAAGCAGCCGGAGCUCGUGUCUCCGAAGGCGGGACACUCGGCGGCGAUAAGGCCGCCCAACGUCCAUGUCCAGGUUCCCGUGCCACAACGCCGUGGCGUGUCGAUGAUCCCACCGAAGGGCAGUCCACCGCCGGUGCCGGGACCUAUCCCGCAUUCGCCUGGCAAGGCAUAUGCGGACGCGACUACGGCCGAGGCGCUAGCAGUAGCAGCAGCAUACAGUCAAGCAACUGCUGCCACGUCUCCAGCUUUAGCAGCAUACGCCGAUGCGGCCGCGGCUGAAGCAUUAGCAGCAGCAUACAGGGAGGCGGCUGUGGCCAACGCAGCUCCGGCAUUGGCAGCGGCAUACACGGAGGCAGCCACGGCUGAGGCACUGGCAGCAGCAUACAGGGAAGCAGCCGCGGCAAAUGCAGCUCCUGCAUUGGCUGCUUAUACGGAGGCAGCGACUGCCGAGGCAUUAGCAGCGGCAUAUGCAGAUGCAGCGAAUGCUGAGGCAUUAGCUGCGGCGUACCGGGAGGCGGCUGCGAAUGCAGCUCCGUCUGUAGCCGCGUACAAUCGGGCUACUGCAGCAAAUGCAGCUCCGCAAAUGGCGGAUUUGCAGGCAGCGACAAAUGAGGCAUUGGUAGCAGCCUACACGGAGGCAGCAACAAACGAGGCAUUGGCAGCAGCAUACACGGAGGCAGCCGCAGCAAAUGCAGCUCCACAGGCGACAGCAGCAUACAGUGAUGCAGCAAUGACGGAAGCGCUAGCAGCAGCCGUCGCAGCAGCGUAUGCAGAUGCAGCCGCUCCGGCAGCAGCUGCGACGGCCAGUGCAGUGCCUGCAGCGGACAUAGCCGCAAAAGAGGCUCCAGGUGCUACGGCGAGCGAGCUUCAGCAGCUUCCUCCGAUGAUUGUGGCAGACGCAGCUGCGCCUCCUCCUCCGGCUCCUCCUCCGGCUCCUCCUCCGGCCGCUCCCGAGCUUCGUGCUCUUCCUGGCCUUUCUGCGAGCGGAAGCGCCGCUGCCGGGAUGCCCGCCGAGGCUCCCUGGCGGUUGCAGAAGGAGCCGGGCUCUGGAGGUGCUCCGGCGAAUUCGGCUCCGCCUUUGCCUGCACCUGCGACUGCGCCGGUGGCCGCACAGACACCCGUGCCCUCUGUGCCGACUUCGGUGCCGCCUAAACCCGAGGAAGCUCUCCGAAGAGGUCAAGGCGUAGAGGCAGCGGAAGCCGCAGUGGCACGUGCCAGGCAGCCCGAGAAGCAAGAGAGACGGAAAGCGGAGUCAGCUUAUGCGGCACUGGAGGCUUUCAGCCGGAAGGAAUCGGUGAGAACCGGCGCAGCGCCGGCGAAGCCACCAGGUGCCGCCAAGGCUGCCGAAGCUCCAGCCGCACGCGUACCAAGAAUAGCGGAGUCAAAGCUGGAGGCGAAGGCCGUCGAAACGAAGCCGGCCGCGCCUCCUCCAGCUCGAAAAGAGCUGCCCGACGUGGUGGUCCUGGCCUCCACGCCGGUGACGGAUACCCCGGUGUCCGACACCCCGGUGACCGACACCCCGGUCACCACUCUGCCUGUCUCCUCGCCCCAGGCCAAGCCUGAGGUCGUCGAAAGCAAGCCGGCCAAAGCAGCGCCGGCGAAGGCUCAGAAAGAGCCCCUUGAUGUGACGGUCGUGACGUCUACUCCGGUGACGACCACGCCAAUUAGCAGUGCUCCAGCGGCGUCGGCUUUUGCCAAACCCGAGGUGAAGACCGCUCCGUUGGGGACGCACAAGGUGCCUGUCCAGUCGUCGGUGGCAGCGGCCAAGCGCCCUGGACCCCGAGCUCUACCACAGCCGAAAUCGGUUCCGGUAUCGGAGCUAAAGGUCACGGCCGCCUCUCCACCUGCCAAGGUGGAGGCAAAGUUGUCGGCUCCUGCUGCCAAGGCUCCUACCGCCCGUCGGCGCUUGGAGGAUCCUGGCCAGGCACCGCCGAAGCGGAUCUUCGAUUGGAGCCUGCUGGCCAAGAUCGACUCGCUCUUGCUGGGGGCAGAGUCCAGCUUUUUCCUACACCGCCGAGACGAUGGGCUUCGGCUUCCGGGAUACGAGCCGGAGAACCUCGAAAGUAGCGGAUCUGAAGAAGAUGAGGAGGAAGCAUGUGAGAGCGACGAGUCCGAGGAGUCAGACACCGCAAAGAUUCUGGCAGCGCCAGGGCCGACAGAUGCGGACUUGCAAGACGAAGAAGAGGAGGAGUUCGAGGAGGAAGAGGAGGAAGAGCUAGAGGAAGAUGACGUUGUGGAGGAGGUGGACAAAAACGAUGCCAUGGCUGCCGUGGUUGCUACCACCCGGCCGAAGGCCAAGAUGCCGCCCCCGCCACCAAGCCGAGAGGUGUCCGAGCCGAAGGCUCCGGCACUGUCCACCAGGGCCAAGCCGCCACCACUUCCCCGGGAGCGCCGGCCGAAGCUGGGUGAGCGGCGGGAUCAGGAGCUGGAGGAGCCGCCAGCUGCUGCUCCCGAAGUGGAGUCCAAGGCGGAGGAGGAGGAGGCUGCGCACGAGGAGGAUGAGGAUUUCAACGAUGAGGAGAUGAUGGCCACGUUUGCUGCGAAGCUCCAGGAGCCCACGGAAGCUGCGGCGCCGCCCCUGGAUGCGCGGAGACGCCCUGUAGGUUCUCGAAGCGAGCAGGACUCCGACCAGAAGCCUGCAAACAUCGCCACAAGAGCGAAGGCAAAGCCGAAACCUAAAGCGUGGGGGUUGCCGCCACCGCUUUCGGGCAAGAAGAAGGCCAAGGAGGCAGAUGCGAAGCCACCCCGGGAACCUGACGUGGAGGCACCCUUUCCCGAGGCUUCGCCGGAGGUGGAGCAACCGCCGCCGCCUUUCUUUGACCAGUGGCUAGCGAGCCUGAAGUUCAUUGCUGGGUGGAAUGAUCAGAAGAAGUACGAGGCCUCUCAGGUUAAGGAAGCCUUCAGCGAGUAUCUUGCUGCGGAGGACAUCGUCGGCAAGACCACGGUGGAGCAGCUGUGUAGAACGAUCGUUCCGCUCCUGCUGGACCUGGAGAGGGUUGACACCAUGGUCGUUGCGAACCUCAAGACAGAGGUCCUGAAGACGCUGAAGAUCGUGCAGGUGUGCAUCCUGCGCAUAGUCACCUUCGAAAUGCUGCGGGAAGCUUCGGCAAAGGCUGAUGCUGUGCAGAAGAAGGGUCCCAAGGGCAAGAAGGUCCAACCUGAAGUGCCUCCAGAGGGUGCCGCGUACCUCGCGAGUGACAUCACCUCCCUGGCCAAGGUCAUUCAGCACUUUCGCUUUGACCAAAAUUUUUCCAAAGGAGUGCAUGAGCUCAUCGUCGCUUUCCGGAAGCAAAAGGCGGACAAGCCCCGACAAGAGAAAGGCGCCGCCAAGGCUCCGCCGCCCAAAAAGCGACGCGUGGAGGCCGAAGCGGCCGACAAGGCCGAGGCGCCGGAGAAAGUGCAGGCGACGGAUAAGCUGCAAGCGCCGGAGAAGGCGCCAGCGGCAGAGAAGGCGCCAGCGGAAGAGAAGGCGCCAGCGGAAGAGAAGGCGCCGGUGCCAGAGAAGGCGCCGGUGCCAGAGAAGGCGCCGGUGCCAGAGAAGGUUCCUGCGCCAGAGAAGGACGCGGUCCCGGACAAGGCGCAAGCGCCCGAGAACGCGCAGGCAGCAGAUAAGGACCAGGCGCCGGAGAAAGCCGAGCCGCCGGAGAAUGUGGCGCGAGAAGGAGGAGAGAAGCCGCCACCUGCUGUGGAGGAGGAGAAUGCUGACCAG